AUGGCUCCCUCUAUCCACCCUUUUAUUGACAAUGGCAUCACCAAGGGUGACCCUAACUUCCCUGGUGGAAAGCUCUACUGCCGAUGCCCCACAGACAAGAUCGUCGUCGCCUUGAAGGGCAACGUUGCUCAUAAUCAUGCAUGUGGAUGUUCGAAGUGCUGGAAGCCAGAAGGCGCCCUCUUCUCGUUGGUUGGUGUCAUUUCCCGUGACAACGUCAGCGUUGAGGCCAAUGAAUCAAAGUUGAAAGUUAUUGAUCCCUCCGCCACGAUUGAACGCAAUGCCUGCAAGGAAUGUGGUGUUCACCUAUUCGGCCGCAUUGAAAAGGAACAUGCCUUCUAUGGACUCGACUUCGUACAUGUGGAAUUGUCGGAUGAGAAGGGAUGGCAGGAGCCUCAAUUCGCUGCAUUUGUAUCCUCCAUCAUUGAGCAGGGAUUCCCACCCGGAGAGACAGAUUCGGUUCGGGAAAAGUUCAAGUCUGUUGGUCUGCAAACCUACGACGUUCUCUCUCCGGGGCUCAUGGAUGCUCUAUCAACUUUCACUGCCAAGAAAUCUGGAAAGCUUGCAAACCUUUGA